UAGCCUGCAAUAACGAAAUCGAUCGCUUCUUGCUUGCUUUGGAGCGGUUUGGAACGAUGGCGUUCUAUUAAUCAGGUUUUCUUCAAGAAUUUUUCAAGAAGGGAAGCUACAAACUCGCCCGAAUCAUGAAUAAGAUGUCACGAUACCCCUCGGACUGCAAAGUCUAUGUGGGGGAUCUAGGCAGUAAUGCAACAAAGCAAGAACUAGAGGAUGCCUUUUCCUAUUAUGGUCCUCUGAGAAACGUCUGGGUUGCCAGAAAUCCACCGGGUUUUGCUUUCGUCGAGUUCGAAGAUGCCAGAGACGCAGAAGACGCAGUCAGAGGACUUGAUGGUCGCACUAUUUGCGGAAGAAGAGCCCGAGUGGAGCCGUCGAAUGGAAAGAGACUGAGAGAUCGAGGCUCCUCCAGAAGAGGUGGUGGAGGAGGUGGCGGCGGUGGAGGAGGUGACAGAGGGGGCGGUGGUGGAGGCGGAGGAGGCAGACCAUUCCAUCCUGAGGAUCGGUGUUACGAAUGUGGCGAACGCGGCCACUACGCUAGAGAUUGUCCUCGACAUGGCAGGGGUAGUCGCAGGCGCAGGUCUCACAGCAGAUCGCGUUCUCGUUCACGCUCGCGUUCACGAUCUCGCUCGAGGUCAAGGAGUAAGCGCACCAGAUCCAGAUCUUCUUCGAGGAGCAGAUCCCGCAGCAAACCUCGUCACGACAGAGCAAAGUCUCGCAGCAGGGGCAGAUCUGACUCGAAAGGAAGGAGUCCUCCUCCUCCUCGCAGGUCCAAAUCUAGAUCAGCGUCCAGGUCCCGUAGCAGGUAAAAUGGAAGGACAAAGUUAAUGGAUCGUCUCGUGACGAUUAACAGUCAGAGCACAUACGAUAUUCCAACGUACAUUUAAUUCAAUCGCUUCGUUACAUUGACGUAAAUCGCAAUUGCGAAUUUUCAGUAUACAUGUGUGGUAGUCCCACCUAUCAAGUUUCAACGGAUCCUAGCAGUACGGAAAUGUAAAACUCCGUUCAUAAUUCUCUUUUUCAUUCUCUGCAAUGUUUCUUAAUACGUGUUCGUGAUUAAUAUGCAAUAAAAAUACUUUUGUCAAAGUA